AUGGCGACCAGGGCCUCUGGACUGAACGGUCCAAAGCGCCCGUUCCGCGAUCAAAAGCGACAGACCAGGCUACAGUUCUCGUCUCUGUCUUCCUCACCUCCUGGACCAGGGAGUCCCAGUCCACGUGUCUCAGAUCUACGAGCUGGAACAGCAUAUAAGCGAUCAAACACUCUCCCUCGCCGAUCGGACGAGCCCUACCCCGAACCUUCGUAUCCACCAACUCUGGAGGCUCCUGCGGAUUCGCAUCUCCAAAGUCAUGAACGAUCUGAAGAACUGCAUCAGACCUUAUUUCCCUCGUCGCCCACAGUCCACCGAGUUUUACAAAUCGAUCUAUCCGACGGCACGGACGAAGAUGACUUGGUCUCUCCCGCUCAAAAGAAGCGCAAAUCGUCCUCUAUCCUCCCGCCUACGCAACCAACCAUUCUACCUUCCGCGAGGAAGUCGAAGCGGUUAAACCCUGACUCCUCCCCAGGUGAACAUGAGGACUCGCAAUUACCUAGUUCCUCCUCUCCACGGAGGAGGUCAGGAAGAUUACGUCGCAUGCCAUCACCAUCAGGAGGACAGUCAAGUCGGCAGUUGAGUCGCCCUGGGAGUUCUCGCUCUGUUCCGUUCGUGGAUAUCUCAUCCCCAGCCUAUCGCUCUACCUUUUCUGAUAUUGGAUCUCCGGAGACGAGUGACGAUGACGAUCCUGUCAUGACAUCCAAGCCGACAACGCGGAGGAAAGCAAGACUAGAUAAUGACGAUGAAGACCCUUGCGUGAUAGACCAGAAGAGCCUUGCGAGAUCGACGCCGAAGCGGAAAAAAAGCAGGGGCGAUGACUUCGUGGUGGAUGAUGAAGAAGUUGAAUUUCUCUCUUCUGAGGAUGAAAACGAUAGAACUAGGGUACAACCACCCACAAAAUUGUGGAGAUUGAAGCCGAAGCACAGGUCUUCCAAAGCAUCUAGGCGUCGAGCUAGGGAAGAACAGGAUGAACUCGAGGAAGAUCUGCACGACCUACAGGAUUCAGUUCAGGAAGUAAUUGAGCCAAGGGCGCGAACCAGAGGAGGUCCAGUCACAACUCAACGCGAUAAGGCUCGAGAGCAUUUACAGCUCUUGAAGAGACGGCGUGCAGGCGAAAAAAUCCCACGUGUCCGCGACUCCGACGAAGAAUCAGACGAAGGAUUGGAAGGCGUUGACAUCAACUUUAUCGGCCAGCCACAUCUCAACGUCUCCAGCGACCAGUCUUCGGAUCCGGCGAGUGAUGUGGACCAGGUAAACGAUGACGAAGACGGACAAGAGGAGGACGACGACGAUUUUGUUGUUGACGAUUCAAAAGGGAGACUCGGCCGACCACAUUCGGAUAUGCCACUACAAUUCACGUCAUUUGCCUCGGCCAAACCAAGAGAACUCUUCCCUCACAUUAUUGAGUGGAUGGUCAAGAACAAAAUCGCGCCAGCCUUCAACCGCGAUGAUCCAGUGUAUAACCUCGCCUUUGAUCGCCUGGACGACCAAGUCAAAGCUCAAGCAGGAAGCAGACUUAUCUCGGCAGCAUGGGGUACCGACUUCAAACGAGCCAUACUGGCAAGGCCGACUAUGGAAGUCGUAGCAUUGCCAGGCGAAGAUGACGAGCACAUGCGAACCUGCGAUGCUUGUAACCGUACCAACAACCCUGCUCGCUAUGAGUUCGUCUUCUCCGGCGCACCAUACUAUAAGAAAACACUUGAACCUGUCGAUAAUGAGGAUGAGGGCGAAGAUGAGGGCGACGAACAUGACGCGAAUAAUACCACCACCUACGACGAAAAUGGCCAUGCCAUCUCUGCUCAGCAAACACGCUUUUACUUGGGUCGUUUUUGCGCUGCCAAUGCCGAAAUGGGACACAAACUCACGCAUUGGAAAUAUCGUCUCAACGAAUCCCUGAUGACCUAUCUCAAAGCACAAGGUGUUCUCUCAGCGGACGCCAUCGUCUCGCGCGAACAGAGGAAUAAAAGGAAGCGCGAAAAGGAAGCAGAGAAAAUUGUGGACAGCAUGCAGGAAACGGGUGUAAUUGCAGAGUUCUGGCGUGAAUUUGAAAAUGAUCUCAACGACGCGAGGUUGGGGAUGGAGGACUUUGAAAAGCGAGGUGGGAGGUCGAAGGGAAGAGUAGGGGCGAUCCGAGUGAUGACGGGUGGACUGGUCAGGGAAUGGAAUAAUGACAAGUAUCGGCUGACGAAGGCCUUGGAAUCGGAUUCAGAGCAGGAGUAA